UUUUGGAAAAACUAAUUGAAAGGUGCCAAGGAAGGAAGAGAAAGCAGUGUGGACGACGCUGUCAUGGCGGUCACCGCAGAGCCAACACCUAUAACAGACGACGACAUCGUUCGCUUGGCACAAACCUGCUCCCCUCUUCCCUCCUUCCUCCUCUCAUCAAAUUCACACCCUAUUCUCCUUUCUCACCUCACUUCUCGCUCGUCCUCUUCUUCUCCGUCUCUUGCCGUCACCGAAUACACACAGUCUCUUCUUUACUUCAUCUCUCUCUCUCCCCAAACUUCAUCCCUUUCUUCUCUUCUCGGUUCUCUCCUCCUCUCCUAUACUCACCUCUUUACCUCUAUCCGUAUUCCCCAUGACCAUAAUUCUCUCAAAACAAUUCAAUUCUUCAUUACCCUUAUCGAUCAUGUACCCAUUACUGCUCUACUCCAGAUUGCUGACUCAGUUGCUUCGUAUUUGCCCGAAGUUGUGGAUUCGGACGAUACCCAGAUCAUCGAACUCCUUCCCAGGUGCUUGAACUUGAUCCGUAAUGCGGAGAUUGAAAGUGGUGGGAAUAUGGUGAACUCGGUUGUGGAUCGGGUUCUAGGUUGCAGUUGGUCAAAAGGGUUAUCAGUGAAAAUGGUUUCGCUCGUUAGGGAGUUUCCCGUUCUCGACAAGGGAAGGGUUAGUGAGUUUGUAGACAAGGUAUUUGUGGAAAUGACUCGUGUGGAUUUACAGGAUUUGCCUUCGCUUGUUUAUCAGUUAUUGGUUUUGGCAUCCAAAGGGUUUAGCAAGAGAGAGGUGAUCGAGGGGAUUGUUAUGUUUUUUGGGUCUAAAAUGGAGAGGAAGGUAAGCUCCAUAGUUAGGCAAGUUGAAGGUACUAUUUUGCUUCACUUAAACUUUGCGGUGAAGCAGGACCCUUCAUUGGGCCAAGAGGUUAUGGGGCUUGUAAGGUCAGACUCUAGAACUUUCAAUCAUUUCACAGUCGCUAUUCUUUUAUCCCUUGCAAGGGUUCGGAAGUUUGGUGACAGUGCGAUUGGGAUUUUGAAAACAGCUCUUGUUACAGCAUACCACGAUUGCAAGUUUGCUAAAGACUGCAAGUGGCUAUCUGAUGACUUGAAGGAAGGGUACCAGAAAAAUGUCAAAUUAGUUGAAAAGGCCAUGUUAAGAGCUAUUAAUGAGAGCAACUACGGAAGAGAACAUAUAGUGCCUAGCAUUGUGCAGUUUGCUUUUCUGCUCUUAGAAUCUGUGGAAGAGGCAAAUUGUAAAGAUCUCUGCCACUCAAAUGGUCUCUUAGGCAUGGAAGGUCUUGCUUCUGAGAUGCUGAAAACUCUAUUUGAGGUCCAAGAUAUAGCUAGAAAUGAGAUAAUUGAGCAAUGCAAAUUUCGGAUCCUAUCUUUGAAGCCCGAGCAGAGUGCAGCAAUUACAAGGUUACUUGGUAGUCUGGUACAAAGAAGUCCAUAUCUUUUAUUAGAUCAUGUAUCUCGUCUCAAGGAGUUGUUGGAUUAUUUUACUUUCAUGAAUGGAAAGGUUGCUUCUGGUAUUGUUACUGCUCUUGUACCCCUAACCAAAUUCAGCCGUGAUCUUCAGGAUUACACCAUUUUGGUCAUGCGCAAGGCCAUGUUUAGACAGGAAGAAGCAGUUCGUCUUGCAGCAACUAGUGCUAUUAUUAAUCUUAUAUUAGCUGAAAAGCAAUCCAAGAGAGAUGGUCCAUUUUCUGUUCACGAAUCAUCCAGCCAAGCCAGUUGCAGCCAACAAGCUGACAUAUCCGGCAGUGUAGGGCUAUUUCAACAGCUGAGCGGUUUGCUGCAGAGGUGUCUUUAUCAGCAGGCAAAUAUCAAAGAGACCAUGUAUCGUGGACUUAUAAAGCUUGUCUUGGUGGACCCGUCAAGUGGGGGAGCAGUCCUUGAUCUUUUGUUGCCUCACUUCUCCCAGUAUUUUCAGGAGCAGGGUGUGGAGGUAGAGCUUGGAAUUUGCAGUUGUGUUAAAUUAGAGAAUGGGAAAGUUUAUAUUGAUGAGCCCUUGGAUAGUUUGUUACACUGCGUCUCUUGGAUUUUGCUCCUACGACAUGGUAAAAAUGAUCAUGCUUUGGAUUCUUCAUGGGCAUGUUUUGGAUUCUCCCUUACGCCGGAGAAUGAGCAGACAGGAAGGUGUUCAUCUAGUGAUUCAUUCUCCAGUGCUUUCCAGAAGAUCCAGAAGUUUCUAAAAAAUCUUAACCUGGGAGGCAUCUUGGGUCAAAGUCAGGAUGGAGAGUUGGCAUCUCUUGAUUUGGACAAAAGUAAAUGUCGUGCUUUGGUUUUAUCUGGAAUAAUUGAAGUAGUAUUGAAUGCAAUUGCUAAUGAUUUGGAGAAAGCAACAGAUGCAAAUAGGUUGGAUCUUGAAAGGGAGCUUGUUGAAUUUGUUGAACUUCAUCAAUCAUUGGAAAAGGAUUUAUCCAUGCUAAGGCAGAGCACGGGUACUAGAAAGGGGAGUAUCCGACCUGUUGCUCACGACACACACAACAACUUUGAACCAGGCAACUCAAAAGUGACUCAAAGACAAAAUUCUUUCUUGGCAACCUCGAGUAUCUGCCAGAUUAUGCAAAUGAUUCCAAAACUAUUUAAUCCUGAAAGCUUCAGUAAGAUUGUAACUUCUCAAAACCAUGACCGGUCAUCUACAACCAAGAGAUCAAAAGGUUGCUCUAUGAUUAUUUCUUUUAUUCUGAAUGUCUGCCUUCGUCAUAUAAAAUUAUUCCCUGUUUUCAGAAAAGAUGAUACGUUGAGAUUUUUGAUAUAUGGGGAUAUCAGGAAUCUGGGACCUCCGUUGUUGAGAUUAAUUUAUCUCCUUAAAUCAGUGGGCAAGUCUGAAGCAAGUCAAAAGAAAAAAGAGGUGAAGGGAAAUAGAGAUGCUGGAGAACAAAGGGAAUAUAUUUGUCUAGCCUUGGUAUGCUUGAAGGAACUGAUAAUGAUUUGUCUAAAGAGUCCAGAGAUCACUGCUUUACUUGAAGAUUUGCUCUCAGUUUCCACUCUCGAGGAUUCCAGUUUGGAUGGGGAAUGUCAAAUGGCUUCUAGGAUUGAUGAUCAACCCACAAGAAACAAAGAAUUGUUUAUUAUGAAAACUUUGAAGCCACUUUUUUUUCAACUUCUUCAACGUUCCUUUUCUGAUGCAGUUGAGGUUAUUUGUGGCAUGAUGUUGAUGAUUGGGGAGACCAUACCAUGUGAGUUGCGGAACUCUCAUGGAGCCUGGGCUAUUCGUGUCUGUAAAACCAAGGAAAUAACAGAUUCCAAGGUUGCAAGAAGUGUUAUUACACUUGCUGUUUCCUUAAGCAUUCCUCCAAACGAUUUAAGCACAUCACAAGAAAUUGCCACAGAGCUGUUAAAAGUUAUGGCAUCAGAGGCACAUGAACCAGUGACAGUGUCUAAAGUAUAUACCCUUGUAAAUACCUCUACAAAUAGUGCCGUUAGUUCUUGUAUGCUGCACCUAAUGGAAAUGUUUAUUGUUGAUAUGGAUUGGGCCAUAAGAAAGUUGAAGACUUUCAAUUUACUCACCUACAAAAGCAUUCAUGUUAAUCCGAAUGGAGAGCACAUUCCUGGCCAGGCGUUUGAGGAGCAUCUUUGCUCUAGGGCAGAAGCAGUUGCAAAAGUACUAGCUUCUUUUGCUUUAAUGAGCCUAAAGGAUGCUCAAGCUGAGACUCUGCUCCGAUUGGCUGCAAGGUUUUACAAGCACUUGGCUCAAAUAUCAAAGCUUAGAAUUGCUCCAAAAGGUUGCAAGCAGGUUUUGCCUUCCCUUGAGUUCCAGAAGCUUGUGGACAUAACAUGCAAGCAGCUGACUAUUCCUUUGUAUAACUUUGUAGCUGAGAUGCAGAGGGUUCAAGUAGAGAAUGCUAGCAGUAAAGGAAUCAUCAACAAGAUUAAAAGAGAGAAUAGAUGUGUUCCAGAUCUGAUAUUCCAGAUCGAAGAUUAUGAAAAGUUUUUAAUCCAGCUUAGCAAGGCAAGCAAAAUCAACUUAUUGAGACACGCAAAGCGCAGCACUGCUCGAGACUUCAAAAUAAUUGACAACAACACUACAGGUGAAGAAGUUGCUCCUGAUCAUGAAGCUGUAAGUAACAACAAUUCAAACGCAGCACAGAACGAGACAUGUGAAGAUUCCGAUGACAAUGGAUCUAAUCAGAAGGUUUUAUCUCCCGAACCAGAUCCUGAGCCUAAUGAUGGAGACGAUGGAGGUAUACCAAAUGCUAAGAGGGUAAGGAGAGACAGAAUUGUGCAGCACUCAGAUGAUGAGGCUUAAAAGUUAGUAGUUGGAAAAAAGUAAAGGAUACUUUUGGUUGUUUUUACAUAAUGUUUUCCCCUUUAAUUAAGAGCUUUUUUUUUCAACCUCAUUUUCCAUUUUUCCGGGACUGAUGCAAAAGGGUUCUUGCCUUCAUUUUUAAUAAGGUCAGAAACUUGAACUACGCAGCUGUUUUAUUUGAAUAUUGGUUCUUGGGAAUAGAUAAAUAAUUACCUUUUUGAGAGCCUCAGUUCAAGAAUAUUGUAAUUAGUAAGAUAUAUACAACACUUUCUUUCUGAGCCAUAGAUGGUUGUUA